AUGUACUCGCCAGAUAUAUUCCCUAAACAUCUAUAUAGUUUAUGGAAUGAUAAUCCCAACAAAACGCCAAUAAAAUCAUUAGAACAAGAAACAACCAAAUCAAAUCAUCAACAGAAUAAUACCACCAAUGGACUUCUCACCCGAUCACUAGAAGCUGAACAUCAAAAUCAACGAAAACAAUUACGAACCUUAUUCUCACCCCCAUUGUCUGCUUAUUCUGCCGAUUAUCCCGGCGCCAGCUUAUCACAACUAGAAUAUACGAUCCAAACACUGGCAACUUCCACCUCUCAUAAUUUAUUUCAAUCACGACUAUUGAUUUCAGCUACUCCAUUGGCACAAUCGAAAAUCGAUCAAUUGGAAAGAAUACGAAACACGGGAUAUAAUUCAAUACGUCCCAUUGGGAUUGGAAGAACUUUGGAAGAAUUGGAUUUUGAAAAUGCAAACGCUGCUGCUGCUGGUCAGUUUGGAGAAGUGAGUCAAGAAAUUACAUUUUCGAAUUUGGCAUCGGCAGCAGCGGUUGAGAACACGAAUGAACAACUGAGUGUACUUUGGACAUCAGGGAUUAAUACCAAUGGUACUCGUGAAGAAGAAGGAGCAGCCGGUCCUGAGAUAGAUUUAGAUGCCCAAGUAUUCAAUGCUGAUGAAUUCUCUGAUGACGGCGUGAAUGAUGAGGCGUUUACUGAUGAUAGUGAUGAGGUGUUGGACGCCCAAGAAAAUGGAUUAAGAAGAAGAGAAGGGGAUACUGAUUUGGAGAGUUAUAGAACAAAUAUCGAUGAUGAAGAUUUUAUGGCUGCUGAAGUUGAAUAUCAAGAUGAUCAUAGUAUAAAUUCAGAAAUAAACACGGGUACUUAUAUGUUGAUGAAUAGCGGGACUAAUACUACAAGUACAGCAUUUAAUUCAAAUACAACCACUGGUAGGACGGCAAAUACGAGUCCUACAACAGCUAGUGGAACUUUGGCUGGAGCUGCUAGUAGUUAUAAUAUGAGUAGGAUACAUGAGCAAGGUGAGAUUCAAGAUGAAAAUGAACCUGAAUACUCGGAGCUAGACAUGAUAGUUGAUGAAUAG